CUAGGAAUGCCAUUGCUGCACACUACUAGAUCACACAACAACACUGUCUUUGGGGAAAUCCACACAGACAGCAACAAGCUUAUUUACAAAUGCUCCGCUGCACAUUAGGGCAUAGCAAGUUGAGAAAACCUGUUCCGGAGACACCUCGUACAAACAACAGCACAUAGAGCACCAUUCAAGAGAAGAGUCGUUCAGUCCUUCAAAGAAAGAUAAGAAAACAUCAAUUCAGUUGUUGGAGGCAAACUGUCCGCGUCAGCGUUAUUUGGAAGUUUCUUCGAGAAUUUUUGCUCUCUAGCCUAUCACCACAUCUCGGCAUCCUUACAAAUAGCGUCCGUCCUGUUUUGGAAGUGACGACUGUGCCAACAAUAGUGGUAGGGCAUAGAUAACUUUGUGCUAUCAUAUCGUUCUAAUUUAGGUUUAACAAUUUUACAAGCGAACUAUUACUAACUACUACUACUACUUGUAUUACAACGUACGCGUAAACCUUAUCUUAAAUUGUUUUGUUUAUUAAAAAACACGUGUAUUGGAUUUUUUAAAGGAUGCUGUGCGCAACGCAAUGCAAGCCGGUUGGAGAAUGUGACUUAAAACCUUUUCUUUUUGUUUUUAACUAAGCGAAUAUUGUGCUAUUUUAUUUCAGAAAAUUCGUAAUAAUCGUUUUGGUGAGCUUUCUGUAAAAAACCGUUUCUGAAGAAGCGCCUGUCGGUUGGAUCUCCAGUUAACUUCGUAGGUAAAACUUCCUGACUGGCUGUUGUCAAUUGAUAUAUUUCAACUUCUAGAUCACCAGACAUCAAUAACUUUAAUCAAUGUUCCACUUUUCCUUUACAACAUGCGGAAUUAAAUUAAUAUAUCUUAUUUCGGAAUAGUUUAGAAAUAUAAAGCUGGACAUUUCAGAGUUCUACGCAGUAAUUUGGCGUUAAGUUGAAGCAGCCUAUUUGGCACAACAGCAUUGACGUUUUAUCAUUCUAUUAACAGAACAAUAUUAACUUGUUUUCCCUGUCUCCUAACUACACAACCGUGCGUAUAGAACGCGUUUUCUGCCCAACACACCACCAGCAUCAAUGUCAUUGCUAACCUGAAAGCUGCAGUUGUCUCGUCGCUGAUUCAGAGAGAAAUCAAGUCGUAGAAUGGCCGAUGAGCUGGUAACCAUCACUAAUGGGAUUGUGGUGUGACUUGUUCGGCUGGAGGGAAGGCUGUUGCUAUUCUUUGAAAUAUCUUCAUAGACUCAGUGCGUGUUCAAUCUACCAGAGCGGGGAUGAUCAGGAUCUUCCCGGAUUUCAGCGUUCAGGUGACGGCGGCAGGUGGAGGAGCCGGGGGAAUGCCAUCAGGUCCUGCGGUGGGGAGAGUCCCGGGUACCACUAACGGGAACCCGCAGAACGUACAAGGGAUCACCUCCUAUCAACAAAGGGAAAGUAAAAUUCUACACCCUUUCUGCAUGGAGGGAUCAGAGGAGGAGGCCGUAGUUGAUGCCCAAUUCAUGUCCAAAUUCCCCCACGACCCCUACUGGGAGAGGCCUGCUAAUGCCAGCUCCUGUUCUGCUUCUAGGCCCAAGACACUCCACCUUGGCGGGCAACAACAUACCUCAUCGCCAUGGUUGCAGGCUCUGAGGAAGGAGAAGUCCCGGGACGCGGCUCGCUCGCGGCGGGGGAAGGAGAACUUUGAGUUCUACGAGUUGGCCAAGAUGCUGCCCCUGCCUGGUGCCAUCACCAGCCAGCUGGACAAGGCCUCCAUCAUCCGACUCACCAUCAGCUACCUGAAGAUGAGGGACUUUGCCAACCAGGGAGAUCCACCAUGGAACCUGCGCAUAGAGGGCCCACCGCCCAACACCUCGGUUAAAGCUAUAGGAGCUCAGCGAAGGAGGACUCCCAGUGCGGUGGCCUCAGAGAUCUUCGAGCCACACCUCGGGAGCCACAUACUGCAGUCGUUGGAUGGAUUUGUAUUUGCACUAAACAAGGAGGGAAGGUUUUUGUACAUCUCCGAGACAGUGUCCAUAUACCUGGGGCUUUCACAGGUGGAGCUGACAGGCAGCAGCGUGUUCGACUACGUCCACCCCGGCGACCACGUGGAGAUGGCAGAGCAGCUGGGCAUGAAGCUGCCCCCGGGCCGAGGCCUCCUCUCUCAGGGCACCGCCACCGAGGACGGCGCCAGUUCUGCCUCUUCUUCCUCACACGCAGAGACCCCUGAACCAGUGGAGUCCACCAGCCCCAGUCUGCUGCCCCCAGACAAUACUCUGGAGCGUUCCUUCUUCAUCCGCAUGAAGUCCACACUAACCAAGCGAGGGGUCCACAUCAAGUCAUCAGGCUAUAAGGUGAUCCAUGUUACAGGCAGACUGAGGAUCCGAAUGGCAUUGACCCACAGUCGGUCAGUACCCAAUCAGAUCAUGGGCAUGGUGGUGGUUGCCCAUGCCCUCCCCCCUCCCACCAUCAAUGAGGUGCGCAUAGACUGCCAGAUGUUUGUAACGCGGGUCAACAUGGACCUCAACAUUGUCUACUGUGAGAAUAGAAUUAGCGACUAUAUGGACCUAACGCCGGUGGACGUCGUGGGGAAGAGGUGUUACCAGUUCAUUCAUGCAGAGGACGUGGAGGGCAUCCGGCACAGCCAUUUAGACUUGAUGAACAAGGGCCAGUGUGUGACCAAGUACUACCGCUGGAUCCAGAAGAACGGCGGGUACAUCUGGAUCCAGUCCAGUGCCACCAUCGCCAUCAACGCCAAGAACGCCAAUGAAAAGAACAUCAUCUGGGUCAACUAUGUUCUGAGUAAUCCGGAGUACAAGGACACGCCCAUGGACAUCGCCCAGCUGCCCACACUUCCAGAAAAAGCCUCAGAGUCUUCAGAAACCUCUGACUCUGAGUCUGAGUCCAAGGACAAUUCUGAAGACAACGAGAACUCCAAGUCGGACGGGAAGGGGAACCAGUCCGAGAACAGCGAGGACCCUGAGGCAGACAGCAAGAAGCAGCAGCAGGGCCAUUCGUCCUCCGAGCAGGAGAUGAGGCGCCAGGAGGAGGGAGACAGCUCCUCCAACCCGGAGAGCCAGGAGAGCGAGGAUGACCUGGAGCCCAGCGACUGCGAGGUGGAGACCAAGGAGGGCCGACUGGGUCGUCUGGGGGGCCUGCACAUCAAGGUGGAGCACUACGGUGACGGAGACCGAGGACUGGAUCUGCACCGCCCACCGUCCUCAUCCGAAGAGGAGGAUGAUGACGAGGAAGAGGACGACGACGACGACAGCGUAAAAGACUGCGACAGGGCCGGCGAGACGCUAGCCGCCCCCGCCGCUAGCAAGCACCAGAAGAGGAGGAAGAGGAGGAAAAAGCAGAAGUGGGAUGGCAGUCGUUCUAGACGCCUGCGCCUUUCUUCCGCCACCCCCAGCCCCAGCGCCAUGGAGCACCCCAGCCUGGGUGGGGAGGCCACCCUCCUGCUUCCCCCUUCCCCUGCUAGUGCCUCCGUGCUCAAGAUCAAAACGGAAAUGUCCGAGCCCAUAAACUUCGACAACGACAGCAGCAUCUGGAACUAUCCUCCUAACCGGGAGAUCUCCAGGAACGAGUCCCCCUACAGCAUGACAAAGCCCGUCCCCGCCCACGACGCCUUCCCCUCCCCGCAGCCUGGAAGUCUGCAGGUCUCCAUCCCAGACUCUGUGCUCACCCCCCCAGGAACGGAGGGAGGCGGCGGGAUUGGAGGAACCAGGAAGGGCAUACCCCCCUCCUUCAGCGGUAACAGCAGCGCUCCCUCCUCCGCCUCCAGCGUGGCCAGCCUGGCCCCUCCUUCCAGCUCUGGCUCAUCCUCUGACCCCCUGUCCCCGCCCCUCUCAGCAUCGCCACGUGACAAGCAGCAGGGUCAGGGCACGCCCACCCCCUCCAGCUCCUCCUUGCUGUACACUAGCGACCUGGAGGCCCUGCAGAGGCUGCAGGCUGGCAACGUGGUGCUUCCUCUGGUCCAUCGGGUCACCGGCACGCUUGCCGCAACCAGCACUGCCACCUCACGAGUCUACACCACGGGCACCAUCCGCUACGCGCCCGCUGACGUCACCCUGGCCAUGCAGGCCGGUGCCAACCUGCUACCCAACAACGUCACCCACGCGAUGAACUUUGUGGACGUGAACGGUGGCCCUGGCUUUGGUAUCGAUCCCAAGACCCCCAUGGAGAUGCUGUACCAUCACGUCCACCGGCUCAACAUGGCCGGUCCUUUCGGGGGCACUGUCUCCGGCGCUAGCCUCACCCAGAUGCCAGCAGCCAAUGUCUUCACCACGGCCGAGGGACUGUUCUCCACUCUUCCAUUCCCAGUCUACAGCAACGGGAUUCACACCACACAAACUCUUGAGCGCAAAGAAGAUUAAAGCAAAACACCAAGACCAUAUUACUGUGUUCAACUGGCAAAGACUCAUUGAGGCAUAGGGACUGUGUUUUAAGUGGGAAAGAAAUAUAUUCUAGCACUUUGAAUUUGAGCAAAUGAGCUUACGAAAUGAAUGGCCCCAAGUCUUUCUAUCUUCUCUUUCUCUACUGACUUCACUCUGUCAAUCUUUCUUCCUCUUCCGUCUCGUCUUACAGUACGAUCAAUGACAUUCUCUGAUCAAACUAAACUGACUUCUUUAUUGUAAAGAAUUCCUUUUUGCCUACAGAGAAUUCAUAUUACCAUUCGUCUCCUACUGGAGUCUUGGGUAUUCUACUUUUUAUUUGAGUUGAUUAUGUUGCAUCUUUAUGAAGAUGUCUAGUGUAUUUAAAGGGUGAUGGUGGAAAAGAUAUUUCUAUGGAAAGAAACCCUUGAUGUUUUUGCUCCAUAUCUUGAUAUGAUCAAGGUUGACUAAGACAAAAUUAUGUUACUCUGUUUGACAUGGUCAUAGAUAUAACCUCAAAGAGAAACAAAUGUCAAAGUUAUUUGAGAAUGAGGGAAUAGUAGUCUAUUUUUAAAUUAAUUUUGUUUCUUUUUUUAUAGCUCAGACUUAAUUUACAAAUCAAGCAUUAAAAAGCAAUUUCAACCGGGUAUUGGCCUGUGAAUAGAAUGUUAGUACAAAUCCCAGGACUUCGGAACAGGUACAGGUUAGUACAAAGAUGCACCUUUUCUCCCGGUUCCAUUUCCUUGGUUAGAUCUCAAAUUGCUGCCUGUUCCCUAUAUGGAGGACUACUUCUGACAAAGCUCCAUAGAGCUCUGCUAGAAAGUAGUGACCUAUAGGUGACGUUGUCAUUUGGGAUGCACUCUGCAGUUCCACGGUGCUACUGUUCCAUCCAGUGACUACCCUCCUUCAGCUGGAUUAUUUUCCGCAGCCCUCUCACAGAGACGUGAGGGACAGCUGAGGGAGAUUUCCUUCCUACAGUAAAGUGAAACUUCUAAUCAACAUCACUUCAUUUCCGUCAUUGCUAUUCCCCUCAGUCAAGUUGUUUAAAAGGCUCAAUCUGAUUGGACCUGAAGGAGAGAAUAUAGACCUAUGGAGCAGAUUCGCUUUUGUUUGUAUUUUUUUAAACUAGAUCACUUUUUCUCAGUGUAACUGAGGCUAAUUUGCAUCAUUAACUUGAAAAAUGAAUGUUUAACUUUGACCGGCUUCUGUCAAUUGUUUUUUCUACUCUACUUCUUCCCUUCCUCUUACAUCCUAAACCUCACAACCGUCAACAUCAGUCUCCCAAAUCAGUUCUUCCAUCAGCCAUUAUCGGACUCUGAAAUCACAUAUCAAGGAGAUUGUAAUAUGGACAUGCAUUUCAAUCAAAACGGAAUAUGACUUUUUUUUUUAAAAAUCACAUUCCCCAAUUUUUUUUUCUCUGUUGCCAAAAAAGUUAUCUCACAGUUUGGUGUUAAGAACACUGUGAUUGUUGUUUAAAAAAAAUAGUAAUAAAAUGGAAAAACUGUCACUUCAUCUUUUGACAGCCGUCCAUCAAGUCAUCUAUUACCAAGCGUGAUAACCGUAAACGUGUACAAUGUGUAAGUGUCACUGGCUGUCAGUCUCCAUAGCGAUUUCAGUGUGUGUUACUAUAUGCAGUAUAUACCGAGCUGAUGUAGCUGUUUUGUCCUUUGUCUUCUCUGUGCUCUAGUCUGGGGUUGGACAGGGAACGUUUGUAACCCUCUCCGUCUCCUCUGCAGUCUUAGUGAACCCGUGGAGGUUAGUGGAUUUCGUGUGGUGGCCUUCCAAUGUAGUUUCACCUUUUUUGCUGCUUCCUUUUGUCUGUAUUUCCUUCAGUUUCUGCUGUUGCUUUGCUGUUGUGUAGUCUACAGACCUCUCCUUCUCUCAGAGAUAAAAGAUUCUUAACUAGCUCAAAGGUUUAAGGAGCCAUUUUUUUGCCACUGAGGAAUUCUGGGAUUACAAUUUCCAGCUUGCAUUUACCUACACUACGAAAAAUGACGACAAAAAGCUAAAGUAGCAUUUAGAUGUAUCUUCUAGACUGGAGAACCAUAAAAGCCUCAGUUGUGAAACAUUCCCAGAGUCCCUUGUGCUUCUUGUAUGCAUUGGGUGUAUUUCAUUGGUUUCCACCAAACCUGUUGACUUCAAGGACCCUGCAACUCACAGGACGAAAAGAUCACGGUAGUAUUUCAGGACAAUAAACAAUUUUAAAGAUUUCUAAAGAAAUGAAAAGAAAAAAUAUUUCGCACUAUAAAUCUAUUUUUAUAGGUGUUUUGGAAAUGCAUGUUUACUAAGUUGAUUGUUUGGUUUACUUGAUUUUGUUCGGGCCAGCAGCUUUGUCUCAACGUUCAGUGUUUUUUAGUCUGUCCAGCAAAGGGAGGGGGAGCCUUUGUCUUUUGAACUGAAUCAGACUACUCCCCUACAUCAGGAAACAGUGUCUGUGGUUUCUGUGAAGAUGUGAUGUUACUUAAAUCCAGGUCAUGAAAUAAAUGUGUUUUUAAAAAAAAGAUGGAAAAUUGCGAGUCGGUUGGUUGCGAUGGUGGAAUGGUUGCAGGAGAGCUUGGUGUCACCACUGGAGAUUGAUGCUAUCCUAGAUUUUAGUGUUUUCUAUGCCGUAGCAAAGUGGGUUGGGAGAAGGAGACUGUCGGGUCGGGGGCAGCUCUAAAACAGACUGUGGACAGACCAGGAAAUACACCCAUAUGUUACAACAGAACAGCAGGAUGAGCUGUUUUAAUGUCUCUGUGUUGUGUCAAAAUGAACUGCUGGUGAUUUAAACUUAAACUAAUCUCAGCUACUGUCAGAAACAUAGUGUUUAAAUUACAAUAUGAAAAAUCACUUCAUUACCUGUGAAGACUGUGUCUGUGUUUUUAACUAUUUCUUGUACAAUUAUACAGAUUCUUUUAUGAGGAACUUGGUGCCAAGUAGAUGAAUACUACAUGAGAAGGGGAUUCUCUUAGUAUCAAUGUUAACAGUGUUAUAAAUUCUAAAUACAAACAAAUUAAAAUAUUAAAAAGAGAAAACUAUGGUACAUUUAUUAUUUUAUUUGUUUUGUUUUUUUCUUUGAAGAAAAAAAAACAUAACUAACUGAAGCUAACUUUGAGUGCCUGGCUUAUUUUUUUUAUUUUUUUUAAAACAUCUUUUUAUUUUCAUUUACCAUGAAUAAUGCUGCAAUUUCAGAAAAUGUACAUACUUCAUUUUACAACAGGGUUAUUUUAUACUUUUGUAGGUUUCCAUCCGUUCAAAGAAACAUGUCAUACGUGAUUGUUCUUUCUGUAACACGGUUUUUUACCAUCUUACAGGUGCCAUAUUCAUAAUAAACUUCUCUUGGAUUUGUUACUAUCUGGCAUCAUUUCUUUUACAUUCAACCAUCUCAAUGAAUGCCCCACACCUCAGUAAGCUGCCUCCGUUUUUCUUUCUGCCUUUCUUUCUUUCCGCCUUUUCUGAUCUUGCUUGAAAAACAAACGUGUAAUUGGCCUUUAAUGGUUUUUCUGAGUUAAAGACUACAGUCUUGGAUACAUUUGGGUUCCUCCCACACUAAUCAAAAUUCUUUGGUAAUGACUAAUUGUAGCGUGAUUGGUAACAUCGUUAUUUUUAUUAGCAGAUGGCCAACCAGAGUGCAACUAGUACUGGUUGUUGAAAGUCAAAGUACAUUGAUUCCACACCCCUGGCCUUUUGGAAUAAAGCACAGAGUAUGAUUUUAGCUCACUCAUGAAUAAAUACUCAUUACUGUGAUCAUGACCGAAAGACUGUUUAACAACAGACCAAAUAAAGUGACUGUCAUCACAUACACAACAUCAUCUUGGACAGACAGUCGUGUCCAUGUCACUGUGGUGUAAUUAAGAAACAAGGCCCAAGGUGGUGUGGAAAUGCCAAUAUACAGCGGCUAAGUGCUAUACUUAGUCACGACACAACACAGAGUGUCUGGAUACAGCCAUUAGCCGGAGUAUAUUAACCAUGUACCACAAACCGCUGAGAUGCCUUAGACGCUAUUAGAAACUGGUUAUCAACAAAAUUACAUAUUACAAUUACUAUUAAAAUACAUUUUUGUCAUACUUGUGGUAUAUGGUCUGAUAUACCACAGCUUUACGCCAAUCAGCAAUCAGGGUUUAAACAACCAGUUUAUAAUAACAGUAUGAAGCUGAAACUGUAUUUCAAUCUGUGUCCUCUACAAUGUGUUAUCUUGUUUUGUCUGCCCACAGUAUCAUGUCCAGAGUGAGGUCUAGUGGAAAUAAACUGAGGUCUUAAGAAAUACGUACCAUAGUUAUCUGGAGAAUAAUUAAUCAACCAUUAGAGUUAGAACAAAAUGUGUUGAACAUUUUCGAACAUUUUCCCAAAUAAUUGUUGACUAGGCCUGUCAAGAAAAAGGAUGUCAUCAACUUUAGAUGGGCAAUCUAUUGCUGUUUUUUUAAUGAGCAUAA